AUAUUUCUUGGUUAUGCUCCAGCACCCUGUUGGACAGUCGAGACAAACUAUCAGAUGUGUUCAUUUUUGUGUACGGAAGUGGUCAGCAGGUUGUAAGGUCAGGGGGUAAAGGCUAGACCUCUUUCGAUUGAGAGUACUCACAGCCAUCUUGGAUCUAACGAAGCGAAGGGAAAUUGAUGCGGUGACAAAAGGCAUGUUUGGUGCUAGAAAGAAAUUUGUAGAGUUCGUUGACGUAGUCGAUAACGACUUUACUGAUGAAAGCAUGUACUACAACCAGCCGUCGAUGUUCCCACAUCGGUCGGACAAAGAUAUGCUGUCCUCUCCCUCACCAUCAUCAUCGGGUCAGCUCUCGCAGCUUGGUGCGAGUUUAUAUGGUCCACAAAGUGCACUCGGCUUCUCAGUAAGAGGCAUGGGAAACAACACACCUCAGUUAAACCGAAGUCUAACGCAAGGCUCACAGCUACCAAGUCAUAUCACCCCCACGACAGGGGUCCCCACAAUGUCCCUCCAUACUCCACCAUCACCAAGCAGGGGGACAUUACCGAUGAAUUCGAGGAAUGUGCUGAACCACUCUCAGGUCGGUCAAGGCAUUGGGAUGAGCGGCAGGACCAACAGUAUGGGCAGCUCGGGGCUGGGAAGCCCCAACCGUAGCUCACCCAGUAUCAUCUGUAUGCCUAAACAGCAGCCGGCACGGCAGCCCUUUACCAUAAACAGCAUGUCAGGAUUUGGUAUGAACCGCAAUCAAGCUUUUGGGAUGAACAACUCAUUAUCAAGCAACAUCUUUAACGGCACAGACUUCCCUGCAUUAGCAGAUAGGAGUCGGAGAGAAGGGACUGGAAACCCUACACCAGUUCUUAACCCACUGACUGGACGAGCUCCUUAUGUUGGCAUGGUGACAAAGCCAUCAACUGAACAGACACAGGAUUUUUCCAUCCACAAUGAGGACUUCCCCGCACUGCCUGGGCCAAACUAUAAGGACCCCACGUUGAACAACGAUGACAGCAAAACUAAUUUGAACUCCACAAGCAAGAGCACAUCCAACGCAGAUGGGCCCAAGUUCCCCGGAGACAAGACGGCCUCAGCACAGAACAACAACCAGAAGAAAGGGAUCCAGGUGUUGCCCGAUGGUCGGGUGACGAACAUUCCUGCAGGAAUGGUGACAGAUCAAUUUGGCAUGAUUGGCCUGCUGACGUUUAUCCGAGCAGCUGAGACUGAUCCGGGGAUGGUCCAUCUGGCAUUAGGAAGUGACCUCACAACGUUGGGACUCAACUUAAACUCGCCAGAAAACUUGUACCCCAAGUUUGCCUCUCCUUGGGCUUCCGCACCUUGUCGACCUCAAGACAUCGACUUCCAUGUUCCAUCGGAGUAUUUAACCAACAUCCACAUAAGGGACAAGUUGGCUGCAAUCAAACUGUCUCGAUAUGGUGAAGACCUGUUGUUCUACCUGUACUACAUGAAUGGAGGAGAUCUACUACAGCUUCUGGCAGCAGUAGAGCUCUUUAACCGGGACUGGAGGUACCACAAAGAGGAACGGGUUUGGAUAACUAGGGCACCUGGCAUGGAGCCCUCACUGAAGACCAACACCUAUGAGAGGGGCACGUACUACUUUUUUGAUUGUCUUAACUGGAGGAAAGUAGCCAAGGAAUUUCAUCUGGAGUAUGACAAGCUGGAAGAGAGGCCUCAUGUGCCAACAACAUUCAACUACAACCCAGCCCAGCAGGCCUUCUAAGGCCCAACCAGUCCAAAGGCCGCAGCUGUUCCUGUACAUGACACUGUUGUCCAGGAGGGACUGUGGGGUCCACACAGCUUGGUUUUUUAAUUCCUUGAGGAUUUGGCUAUUUGACUGUGGGGGUCAUCACCACCAUUAAAACUGCCCUGCUUUUUCAAAUUUACAAGCUGCCCCAAAACACCAACGAUUGUUCUGUUUUUAUUCUUCAUGUUCCUCCUGUUUUUUGUUUUUUUUUUCUUCUUGUUUCAAGCAGGGUCUGUGUUAUGUUUACGUCUCUGAAUCUGAAGCCUGUUUUCUCCCAGCAAGGAGGACUGACCUUGUCGCACAGGACAGUGACAGAACAAAGGUUAUACUUUGUAUUUACACCAAGUGUUAACUGAAUUAAAGACAGGGAAAGAAAAGUUGACAUUCUAGGAAGAAAGUUAAAGGGUGAAAGAAAUGCAAUGUUUAUUGUUGCACUAUAUUUAGUAAUAAAAGAACACAAAAUUUGUUUGUGCUUUUUUUUUUUUUUUUUUUUUAAAGUGAACACUCCCUGAUAACACCCCCUCUCAUUUUCUUUUAGUUUUUUUGUUUUGAGUCAGGGAGUUCAACUACAUCUCACCUUCUUACACCCCCCCUUACCAAUUUACAUUUAUCUUCUAAUCUGUUUUUGCACCACCAAACUUUUUCUGUCACAUACCGUUUUUCCCUCUGUACAACUCGGCAACGUCUGUGCCGGCCAAACAUGGACACAAAUUUACUACUUUGGUGGAGAAAUCCUCACAGAGGCAAACAUCUACACAACUUUGCUCCAGAGCAAACAAAACUCUUUCCAGUCUUUGUUACAGUUUUGUAAGAAAUGUGUACAUUUUUUUUUCUUUGCAUCACAUAAAUUAGUAUAUG